CGAAUGUUUAGCUUUAUCAAAAGAAGCAUCCAGCUGCUUUUCAAUUAUUUCUACCUCUAAUAUAGCUGUGAGCAGUCCUGUUAGAAGCGGUUGGCUGCACUUACUACAAAUGGUUACUGCAUUAUGGAUUAUUUAGGGUGUAGAAACUUCUUUGUUCUCCAGUAGCCAUUUUCACACCAAACAACAAUGGCUCUGACACCACACAGUCAGCUUAUCCUGUCUGUUUAUAUUGUGACCUUCGUGAUGGGGUUACCCGCCAACAUCCUGGCCUUUUACACCUUCAGCGUGAAAGUCCGCAGCAAACCGACUCCCAUUGACGUCUUCCUUCUCAACCUGACCGUUUCGGAUCUCAUCUUUCUUCUCUUCCUGCCUUUCCGGAUGGUCGAGGUCUGCCAAGACAUGCUUUGGGUGCUUCCUUACUUCCUGUGCCCUUUGAGCGGCUUUAUAUUCUACUCCACCAUCUACAUCAGCAUCUUUUUUCUAAUGGGGAUCAGCGUGGAGCGAUACCUUGGGGUGGCCUACCCUAUCAAGUACAAGAUUAAUCACAAGCCUAUGUACGCCAUCAUGGCAAGCGUGUUUUUCUGGGUCAUAUCGACCGCUCACUGCAGCAUCAUCUACAUUGUCCAGUACCAGAAACCAGGGAAUGGGACUCAGAAUGUAUCCAUUUGUUAUGAGUAUUUCACAAAAGAGCAACUUAAUAUACUUCUACCAGUCCGCUUCGAAAUGUUCGUUGUCCUCUUUUGCAUCCCCUUCCUCAUCACCUCCUUCUGCUACAUCAGUUUCAUCCGGAUCCUUACCACCCUGCCGAACAUCAGCCGUAGAAGGAAGCAGAGAGCCAUCGGGUUGGCUCUGGGAACGCUGCUGGUCUUCAUCCUCUGCUUCUGCCCUUAUAACCUCUCCCACGUGGUGGGGUUUGUGAAAUGGCAAAGUCCCACGUGGCGCGUGGACGCUCUGCUUCUCAGCACCUUCAACGCCUGCUUGGAUCCCAUCAUCUUCUACUUUUCCUCAGCUGAAGUUCAGAACAGUGUCAGAAACUGUAUAUCAGGGAUCCUAGGAAGGAUACGAGCUACCGAUCUUUGUAAAAUACUUUAUCCUGCGGUGUACACAGUUAACGGGCAGAUGGAGAGCAGCUCUAACAAUUUGUGAUGGGCCACCCUGCCAUUUGAGUAUGUGUUCUUGACUUUUGCUCUACGAUGGAAGCCUGAUUUUUGGAGCAAGUUUUCUGUGUCUAUAGCUCUUGCAAUUUUUGGCUAUUGAUAGAUUUGGGACAAUGGGAUUUUAUUAUGCAUUCAUAAAUGUCUACUGCACAUCCUUCUUCAGUGCCCUUUAUGGCAGCCUUCAAAUCAGUAAAUACACAGCUUUGUGGGUUUAUGCUGUACCGUAUCUGAAGCUGAAUAUUUCAGUAUUCAUUGACAACAAUCUACCUCUUCAGUGUAAGAAGGUUUAUUUAAUACUGCCCUGUUGUAACCUUGUUUGGGGAGAGCUAGGGAACUGCGUGGAAGUGUAUGCACGGAUUCUUUUUCCAUUAUCAAAAUGUUUAGAUUUCUCAAAAGAAGCAUCCAGCUGCUUUUCAAUUAUUUGUAGCUCUAGUACAGCUGUUAGGAGUCCUGUUAGAAGAGGCUGGCUGUACUUCCGAGAAGUGGUUACUGUAUAUGGAUUAUUUAAGAACAUCUGCUUGCAGAAACGUCCUUGUUCUUCAGUAGCCAUUUUCACAUCAAAUGACAAUGGCUCUGACAUCCCUUCAACAGCUUAUCCUGUCUGUUUAUAUCGUGACUUUUGUGAUGGGGUUACCCGCCAACAUCCUGGCCUUUUUCACCUUUGGGUGUUUCCGUACUCCUGUGCCCUUUGAGCAGCUUUAUAUUCUACUCCACCAUCUACCUGAGCACAUUCCUUCUAAUGGGGGUCAGUGUGGAGCGAUACCUUGGGUUGGCCUACCCUGUCAAGCACAAGAUGAACCGCAAGCCCAUGUACACUGCCUGGGUGAGCAUUUUCUUCUGGGUCAUAUCGACCACUCACUGCAGCACCUUCGACACCUGCUUUGAUCCCAUCAUCUUUUAUUUUUUCGCGUCUGAAGUUCAGAACGGUGUCAGAAACUGCAUAUCAGGGAUCCUAGGAAGGAUACGAGCUAUCAAAUGUUGUAAAAUACUUUGUCCUGCGGUGUACACAGUUAACAAGCAAAUGGAGAGCAGCUCUAGCAACUUGUGAUGGGUCACCCUGCCAUUGGAGUAUGUGUUCUUGACUUUUGCUGUACGAUGCAAGCUUGAUUUUUAGAGCAAGUCUUCUGUGACUGUAGCUCUUGUAAUUUUUGGCUGUUGAUACAUUUAGAAAAAAUUGGAUUUUAUUAUGCAUUCAUAGACGUCUAUUGCACAUCCUUCUUCAGUGGAAUUAUUGCCCUAUACCAUACCCAAUUUCUUUGCAGCUCAAGUUGUUCAACAGAAGGUACACAAAAGAACUGAGACUUAUUGGGAGGUACUUAAUAAAACUACUGAAUAACUCACUCAAGCUUUCCUUUUCACCCAAACCCACCUUGCUCAGCAGUGUCCAGUUGUUAUACGGCUAUGGCCAAAAGUUUUGCAUUGCCCGAUAGAAUAAACUCAUUUUGGUUCAUCAAGUCAAAAUGAAACUUACUGAAUAAUUUUACUUUAACAUAUUGAAUUGUAUACUGCUUUGCAUCUUAAUAUAUACUUAAUGAAAAACUGACACAAAUUAAAAAUCUAAUCACAAAAUGCCACUGUUCUACUAUUAUGGCUUCUGGUAGACUUGUGCAAUAUAAUUCUCAUACAUGAUGUUAAAUAAAAGUUA